ACAAAGGGGAGGAAGCUUCUUUGUCACGUGGCGAAGGAAUAGGCUAGCGUCUUGCGGGUCGCACCGCGCAGGCGCAGUGAGGAGAGAGAGGGGGAGGGAGGACCGUACUCCCGGAAGUGUGCGGUUUCUAGGGGAGUAGGAAGCGGACCGGGUUGGGAACAGGUGCGGCGGAGCUUAGUCCCGGAAAGCGGCCAUGUCGGCCUUUGACACGAACCCCUUUGCGGAUCCCGUGGAGGUGAAUCCCUUCCAGGAUCCUUCAAUCACACAAAUGGCAAAUGCUAACCAAGGUGGCCUGGAUGAAUUCAACCCCUUCUCUGAGAGCUCCCGACUGACGAAUGCAGCUCAGACUGUUCCAGCCACGCAGCCCACUGGGCCUUCACAACCUGCUGUGCUGCAGCCAUCAGUAGAACCCACUCCGCAGGCUGUUGCCUCAGUAGCACAGGCUGGGCUCCUUCAGCAGCAAGAAGAACUAGAAAGGAAGGCUGCAGAGUUGGACAGGAAGGAGCGUGAGCUGCAGAACAGCGCGGCAGGCUUCAACCCAAAACAGAACAAUUGGCCCCCGCUUCCAAAGAACUGUCCAGUUAAGCCGUGUUUCUACCAAGAUUUCUCUGCAGAUAUCCCAGCUGACUACCAGCAGACUUGCAAGAUGCUGUAUUAUCUGUGGAUGUUUCACUCGAUUACCCUGCUGUUAAACCUGCUCGCCUGCCUGGCAUGGUUCACAGAUCAAAAUGGGAGAGGAGUAGACUUUGGCCUGUCCAUCCUGUGGUUUGUCUUGUUCACUCCCUGUGCUUUCCUCUGUUGGUAUCGGCCAAUUUACAAGGCUUUCAGGUCCGACAGUUCCUUCAGCUUCUUUGUGUUCUUCUUUAUAUUUCUUUGCCAAAUUGCCAUCUACAUCAUCCAGGCCGUUGGCAUUCCUAACUGGGGAAUCAGUGGCUGGAUUGCAGCUUUGACGGAGACUGGGAGUAACAUGGCUGUGGCAGUCAUCAUGAUGGUGGUGGCUGCAUUCUUCACGGCCUGUGCUGUUCUCUCUCUCAUCCUGUUGAAGAAGGUUCAUUCUAUGUAUCGCCGGACAGGAGCCAGCUUCCAGAGGGCCCAGGAGGAGUUCUCCCAAGGCAUCCUCACCAACAGGAACUUCCAGAAUGCUGCCACUGGAGCAGCCUCUACAGCUGCACAGAGUGCUUUCCGGGGGAACUGAAGGCUCCUAGAUGGAGCUUGCAUCUUAUUCCCUUCCACACUUGCUCUAAUCACUCCCUGAUCUUUUACCGUUCAGGAUGCUCUUUUCCACGGAUACCAGUCUUGACUCCCAAGAUGCUUGCAAAGAGAGGUUUCUUUCAAGCUUUGUCCUGCCUGCAUCAGUGUCCUUUUGGUGGGAAGGGCCAGGAUCAGGGCAGUGUUUGGUGUGUGUCGUCCCCCGUCCCCCUGAAAGUAUCCCUUAAAUCAAAUAUAUCUCUCCUUGUGACCUCAGUUUGUACAUUUCUUUCACUUCCCCUUCCUUCCAUCACAGGGGUUUUGGGAAGCCAGUUUUGCACUCUGACUUCUCUUCCACCAGACACUGCUGUGAAGGAUGACUCCCCCACCCCCCAAUAUAGCCUCAUUGAGGGUUCUAAUGGUGGCCACUGCGCUUCUUGAUUUGGGGUUUUAAUUGGUUGCUGAUCUUUCACUUGCAGCGUAAGAGGGAUGUUUGGCUCAUGUCUUUGGUGUGAACGUGCUCCGUGCUCCAAGGGGCUACCAGUAGAGAGAUGCCUUUCCUUCACCACACAGCCCCUUCUCUCCCCCCCCCCCAAUUCAAUGGGACUUGAUCAGUGGAACAUAAAAAUCUCCCCCCUGGAAGGAUGAUUUCCUGUGGAUUAUUUGCUGCAGGUGCAUCCCUCAUCCUAGCCUUAAACUUGUGGGUGUUAGGGAUUAUUCACUAGCUCCGUUGCCAUCCUAUAGGUUCCUUGUUGGGACUGUUAUCUUGGGAUCCAGGGAGCCGAUGGGGAAGCAGGCUGGGUCAUGAAAUCAACUUUGAGAGGACAGGGCAAUGAACUUUAAGCAACUUCGUAAAUCUUUGCCAUGAUCCUGUGCUGAUUUCAGUUACUAUCCUAACUUCUGCUUUAAAGUGGUUUUCUCCUCUCCGAGCGCCUGCUUCCAUUCUCAACAGUCCAGGGAGUGAGGUUUUCUGGGAAACAAUCAAGAGUUGUUGCAAAAAAGACUGCAGUAUUAGCUGUUUUUUAAAAUGUGAGCUACUAUAUCCAGCUCCAGGUGAAUGCAUUGCGUGUUUCCUGACUGUGCUCCGUCUUGAGGGACACCUUUCCUGAAACUGCAGCGUGUUUGGUGUGAUUCAUGCAAAGCGCAUUCAGUGACAGUGGUUUUGCUAUAGCAAAUGAAUGGCUAAUUUCACAGUGCCUCUACAUAUUCCACUACAGGGAGAAUCCUGUUAUGCUGAGUUUUGAGGUUGUGGAAUUUCUGCCCCGAUUGCUGCAAUAACAGAAUCCCUAGUUUUUGUUAGCUUACCUCAGUGAGCACAGGGUAUGAAGAAUAUUCAUUUCCAUACACUUCCAUAUACACAAUGGGGGUGUGAAUGAAUGGAAAGGCAGGUUUAUGCCUCCAGGUCUAUUUGAAAGGGUGGUGAGAACAGUGAACCUAGUAACACCCUGGAUUGAAAAGUGGUAGUGGGAGAGAGACAGCCUUGGCAAUAACUUGGAGGGGCAGGGAAAGGAGGAGGGAGCAUGUGUGAGACCCAGAAGCUGAACUUGGGCUUCAGAAAUGCCUUGGGGUGUGUUGAGUGUGUAACUGGAAGUGCUGUCUUAGCCUUUGUGGACAAAUAGGUGUAGAAGCCAGAACUAGCUACCACCACCUACAGUGCUUGCUUUGACUUUUGUCUCCAAGAGGUGUGCUUUCUUGGGGAAAUUUAGGUGACCAGGAAUAUUGCUCUAAAGACACUAAUUGAUCUGUCACUCACAGUUAUUUCUAUGACAUACUGGCUUAACUGAUCUGAAAUGUGUAUGGCGCUCCAUCAGGUGAGUGGCCUGCAGGCUAUUUUUAGUAGUACAAGGGAAUAUUCAGAGGAGUAAGACAUUUGAAGUCUUGCUGAGUUUUUCUUCGCUUUUGCUCGUUUUCAUGAUCCAGUGUCUUUUUCUAAAUAGGUCCCCUGAUUGUUUCCAGAUCCCUCAUGGGUUUUUUAUGCAGCCCGUUACAUCUCAGAAAUAUCUCUUGACCUCUGUCUUCGUCCUCCUUUGAAUAUAAGUAAAUGAUGGAAGAAAUGAGAUUUUUAAAAUGUCUUCCCCCUCCUGGGUGUAUUUUCCACCUCUCUGAUCUUUUUAAUGUAAAAAUGUAUAUGUCAACACUUUUUGUGCUUAAAUACAAAAAUAAAAAUGUCGAGUGUUAGUA